AUGACUUCAUCAAUCAGGCAACAAAUUGGUCUAGCUAAGCUGGCUUCUGUUUUUUGUGUCGUAUACAUGUGUUGUAUUCUGCAUAGCAAUGGGAAGGAGGUUUCUGAUACUUCUCAUAUUAUACCUCUUUAUCGGGAUCCAAGUCCCAAAAACCAACCAUGGAGACCAUAUUUCCAUUUCCGACCCCCAAAGAACUGGCUGAACGAUCCUAAUGGUCCAAUGUAUUACAAGGGAGUUUAUCAUCUAUUCUAUCAAUACAAUCCAUAUGGUUCAAUCUUUAAUAAAACAAUCCUAUGGGGUCAUUCAGUUUCCCAUGAUUUAGUAAACUGGAUUCACCUCAAGAACGCUAUUGUCCCAACCAAGCCGUUUGACAUCAACAGUUGCUGGUCAGGCUCCACGACAAUCCUCCCAGGAAACAAACCAGUGGUUUUGUACACUGGACUCGAUUCCAAGAAUCAGCAAGUUCAGAAUCUUGCAAUGCCAAAGAAUUUAUCAGACCCUUUUCUAAAAGAAUGGAAGAAAUAUUCUGGAAAUCCCAUCAUGACUCCACCUCAUGGAGUCAAACCAGACAAUUUCCGUGAUCCAAGUACAGCUUGGAGGGGGAAAGAUGGGAAUUGGAGGGUAGUUGUAGGUGGUUUGAGAAACAAUCUAGGAGUGGCAAUUCUUUAUAGGAGUAAAGAUUUUGUUCACUGGAGCUUGCAUGAUGAGCCACUUUAUUUUGGGAAGAAUACUAAUAUAUGGGAAUGUCCAGACUUUUAUCCUGUGUCUACUAACAGUAGAGAUGGGAUUGAGAACUCAGCGAUCGGAAUAAACCUCAAGUAUGUGCUGAAAGCAAGCUUUAAAUCACAUGACUACUACACAAUUGGAAGCUAUGAUGCCGAUAAAGAAAAGUUCUUACCAGAUGAUCAUAAAGUUCUUAUUGGAAGUACCUCAGACUUGAGAUAUGAUUAUGGAAAGUUCUAUGCAUCUAAGACAUUUUUUGAUAGCGUGAAGAAUAGGAGGAUACUAUGGGGUUGGAUAAACGAGUCAGAUAGCUCAACUGAUGAUAUCAAGAAACAAUGGGCUGGACUCCAGUCUAUCCCUCGUCAAGUUUAUCUGGACUCCACUCGACGCCAGCUGAUACAAUGGCCAGUUAAGGAAACUGAAAAAUUGCGGGAGAAGCAUGUUAGUUAUUUUGGGAAGAAGCUAAAAAGAGAAUCAUUAUUUGAAGUUUCAGGGAUCACAGCGUCACAGGUUGAUAUAGAAGUCUCCUUUAUGCUGCCAAAACUAGAAGAGGUCGAGGUGUUGGACCCUAAACGGAAUGAUCCUCAACUUCUUUGUAGCGCAAAGACAUCGAGCGUCAUUGGUGGAGCAGGUCCAUUUGGGUUAUUGUUAAUGGCUUCUCGAGACUUGACAGAACAAACUGCAGUCUUCUUCCGUGUGUUUAAAGACAACCAUAACCAUCAAUUCGUUGUUCUAAUGUGUAGUGAUCAACGCAGGUCUUCCCUGAGACAAGGAAUUGAUAAAACUACAUAUGGAGCUUUUAUCUACAUAAACCACAAAGAUAAAAUGAUUUCACUUAGGAGCUUGUACUCUUUUCAGGUAGACAAUUCAGUGAUUGAGAGUUUUGGAGCUGAAGGGAGAGCAUGCAUUACGGCUAGAGUUUAUCCAAAAUUUUCUGUUUAUAACGAAGCCCAUGUUUAUGCUUUCAACAAUGGGAGUCUUGAUGUGGUUAUCCGAAGGUUAGAUGCUUGGAGUAUGAAGAAGGCCAAAGGCAACUGAUGAGAAACGAGAACAUUUUCACCUCAAUUAUAUAAAUCAGUUUGUAGGCUUGAAUAAAGUAGCAAUAUAUCUAUCAGGUCUUGUUCCAUGAAUUGAAGAAGUAUUAAGAAGACAAAACUGCCGUAUUUAAUUUUACACAUUAUGUGUUAAACGUAAUUGUUUUUGUUAAAUAUUAACUAUUUACGAC